GAUAAACCGGUCAGCGUGAUGGAUGGGUGAGGAAGUCUGACGCUCCGUUUGACCAACUUCAACCAACUUCUAAGCAAAUAUGCCUCAGCCAUUUCACCAAGCAGAAUCCUAUCACUUUUCUUCAUUAAUAAUGCACUGUCAUUGUUUAAAUGAGUUUUUUUAAAGCAUUGUGCUGCAUGUUCCAUUAGCCUAUGUAGUAGAACAGAACACGUAGGCUAUUAAGUUCUUGCUGUAAAAAAGUGCUAAAGAGGUGAGAAAGAAGGACCUAAUGAAGGAAGACUGCUAUGGUAUCAUUGCAUGUUCUUAUCUUAGGUGAACAGCACAGCUCCUCGAGUUCAAUCCAGUAAACUCGCUUCCACGUUUUGGUGGAUACGCUGUUGCGGGAGAGAGAGAGGAGGGGGAGGCGCUCUUGGAUUGGACGCGCCGCGGUUGUCAGGACCGGAGGAGGCUGGGAAGAAGGGACUGUUGUGUUAAGGCCGCCGUGGGAGAGCGCAGCAUACUGUAUUCGAAAAGCGCGAAUGACGGGAGAUUCAGGACAGUUUGAUGUCUGUCUGGAUUAUGACGCCGAGUACACUUGUCCUGACUUGUCGCGACUCCACGCUCCCGGCGCUACAGACACAGCAAAGCCUACUUUCGUCCCUUGACGAGCAGCGCUAGAUACCGAAAAAAGAGCCGAAGCGACGAAGCACUCUUCCCUUCAAGGGAACGGGCUGUGAUGACAACCCAAACGAGGACGGAAUCUAAAUUGACCUGUCUCUGCAUAAUCUGAAACUCUACCGCAAGAGAGAAACUUUGGUUGCCACAAUUGUAGAUGCCACGACAGCCGAUAUUUUAUCAGUCUGCACCGCCGUGUUUGCCAGAGACAUGAGUAGUUACUGGGUACAAUAGAAACCCGAUUGGGUUUAGGACUUAGGACUGAAAAGACCAGUUUGUGAUACUGCGCAGCUUGCUACCCGACAGUACUCUCGUUGUCUCUUAAAUAAAUAGGAUGGACGAAGGCUAUGUGACGAGGAACUGUUUUGUGUCACCGUGUAUUAAGUCUGUUCUGUUUUAGUCUUGGCUGAUGUUGACUGACGGUAUGGUCCAAGCACAUCUACAAUUAUAUGUUUGGUAACUAGCAGCUAAGUCUAUUUUUAACGAACGCCUUUACUAUUGUGUGAAUACAAUGUUGUUACACCAUUUGUAUUAAGAAAAGAAGGCCUCAAGACUCCUUGGACUUGUUACUAGCACUCUCUUGAAACAAUUAACUGUGGCCCAAGUCAGGGCACACAAACUGUAGCCACUCAAAGAUAAAGGUCGUCGUUAACUCAGUGGCCAACACUUAGACCUGGGCUACUGGCUGUAGGUGAGGAGCAAAAGGUGCUGUUCAGACUUCAUGGGUCCUGACGCAACUCAACAUUUCAACGCGCCAGGAGGAAGAUAAGUCGUCACGUCCAGUCCGUGGAUAGUAAAGGAGACGUGGAUGAUUAUCGGAUUAUAAGACUGUGCCAUGCACCAUUUUGGCAAGCAGCUGCUGCCAACAUAGAGGUUGCUCCGCCUCCUGAUUCCGUCCUCUUUGCCCACCCCCAGAGGAUGCUGGGACUGUGUCGUGGGCGCAGGAAGUUCCUGGCCUUCUCCCUCGCCCUGCUCUUCAUCCCAGCACUCACCUGGCUCUACCUCUCCGUCGGCAACUUCCAAGUGAGGCACCUCCCCCUGUCGCCCCUGGAGCCCCAGUCCUCCCCUCUGAUUGGUGGAGGCGGGGAGCGGCAGGCGUUGGAGCUGCGCGUGCGCGAGGUGGAGGAGGAGAACCGCGCCCUGAGGAGGGAGCUCAGCCAGCCUCCCCACAGCCCCUCCCACCCGCACCAAACGGGCCACCAUGGCAACAACGGCUCGGUCCCCAACUCCAGUGAGGACGCCACCAAACACAGUGAUUCUCAGAGGGGUGGCAUCGGGGCCAAUGGCUCUGACUGCAUGCAGCAGCCCGCUGUGGACAAGUGUGAGACAAUCCACUUAGCUAUCGUGUGUGCCGGCUACAACGCCAGCAGGGAUGUCGUGACAUUGGUCAAGUCCGUCCUCUUUCACCGGCGCAACCCGCUGCACUUCCACUUCAUCACAGACUCCAUCGCCCAGCGCAUCCUGGCCUCCCUCUUCCACACCUGGAUGGUGCCGGCCGUGCGGGUGGACUUCUACGACGCCGAUGAGUUGAAGUCUGAAGUGUCCUGGAUCCCCAACAAGCACUACUCGGGCAUCUAUGGGCUCAUGAAGCUGGUGCUGACCAAAGCGCUGCCCUCAGACCUCAAGAAGGUCAUCGUGCUCGACACGGACAUCACCUUCGCCACCGACAUCGCCGAGCUUUGGGCCGUCUUUCACAAGUUCAAAGGGCAGCAGGUUCUGGGUCUGGUGGAGAACCAGAGUGACUGGUACCUGGGGAACCUGUGGAAGAACCAUCGGCCAUGGCCAGCGCUGGGCAGAGGCUUCAACACAGGUGUGAUACUGCUCCUUCUGGAUCGUUUGAGAAAACUCAGAUGGGAACAGAUGUGGAGGCUGACCGCAGAGAGAGAACUAAUGAGUAUGCUGUCCACCUCACUAGCAGACCAGGACAUCUUCAACGCGGUGAUCAAACAGAACCCCUUCCUGGUGCACCAGCUGCCCUGCUUCUGGAACGUUCAGCUGUCGGAUCACACCCGCUCCGAGAAGUGCUACAAAGACGUGGCAGACCUCAAGGUGAUCCACUGGAACUCCCCUAAGAAGCUGCGUGUGAAGAACAAGCACGUGGAGUUCUUCCGGAACCUCUACCUGACGUUCCUGGAGUAUGACGGGAACCUGCUGAGGCGAGAGCUCUUCGGCUGCCCCAGCGAGACCGACCACAACAGCGAGAACCUUCAGAAGACUCUGUCGGAGCUGGACGAGGAUGACCCGUGCUACGAGUUCCGGCGGGAGCGUUUCACCGUGCACCGCACACACCUCUACUUCCUGCACUACGAGUACGAGCCCAGCGCUGACAACACCGACGUCACACUGGUGGCCCAGCUCUCCAUGGACAGGCUCCAGAUGCUGGAGGCCAUCUGUAAGCACUGGGAGGGCCCCAUCAGUCUGGCUCUCUACCUGUCGGACGCUGAGGCCCAGCAGUUCCUGCGCUACGCCCAGGGCUCCGAGGUGCUGAUGAGCAGGAGCAACGUGGGCUACCACAUCGUCUACAAGGAGGGCCAGUUCUACCCCGUCAACCUGCUGCGCAACGUGGCCAUGAGGCAGGUCAACACGCCCUACAUGUUCCUGUCCGACAUCGACUUCCUGCCCAUGUACGGCCUGUACGAGUAUCUCAGGAAGUCUGUGGUGCAGUUGGACAUGGCCAGCACCAAGAAGGCUCUAGUGGUGCCGGCGUUCGAGACGCUCCGCUACCGUCUGUCUUACCCCAAAUCCAAAGCUGAGCUUCUGUCCCAGCUGGACAUGGGCACUCUCUUCACCUUCAGGUAUCAUGUCUGGAUGAAAGGCCACGCCCCCACCAACUUUGCCAAAUGGCGGACGGCCACCACGCCCUAUCGCGUGCAGUGGGAGGCGGACUUUGAGCCGUACGUGAUGGUGAGGAGGGACUCCCCGGAGUAUGACCGACGAUUCGUGGGCUUCGGCUGGAACAAGGUGGCCCACAUCAUGGAGCUGGACGCCCAGGAGUAUGAGUUUGUGGUUCUGCCCAACGCCUACAUGAUCCACAUGCCGCAUGCGCCCAGUUUCGACAUCACCAAGUUCCGCUCUAAUGAACAGUACCGCGUCUGCCUCAAGACGCUCAAGGAGGAGUUCCAGCAGAACAUGUCUCGUCGCUACGGCUUCGCUGCACUCAAGUACAUGACGGCCGAGAACAACAGCUAGCUCUACCCAUCCAUCCAGCUGAUACACACAGACACACACACACACUCACACACACACACACACAUACACACACACACACACAUACACACAGACACACACACGCACACACACACACACACACACACACACACACACACAUACUCCAAGACACUCAAACUCAAGAACUGCACCCUUUUGUGCCACCCAAGUAUCCCAACAACAGACAAAGGGAUGCCAUGUUUCAGACUGCAGACAAUUCCGAAAGUGAAAAGAAGACUUUUUUCCAACCAGUGGGCUUGCCCUCAAGGCCGUUGUGAACAUGGACACGAUAUGGUUCCAGUUAUGUCAAUGACCUGUUGACCUUUUGACCCCUUUUUGUUUCCUUUCUAAAUGUAAUGAAAAUCGCAAGGAAUGGCUGGCCCAAUCCUCACCCAUCAUGCAUUUCAGCCCCUUCAGAAUGAACAAAAACUCAACAUGCAGAACAAAACAAAACUGCCCUCCUGAGUUUAACUCCAGUUUGGGUUGUCAGGGUCAGUUGGCUGCAGUAACAACUUGGAAAUAAAUUCCUUUUUUUUUACCCAAUUGGACUCAAGCGCUGAAAGACUAAACUCUCUUUCAGUAUCUCAAGCUUUCAAAAAUGAAAUUCUGACAAGUCAACAAAAUGAAGAGAGAAGGGCAAGCCCCCACUGGAUCUCGACCAAUCACAAGUAAACUGGACCAGUGAUAUUGUCAGCCUGAGGCCACUCAUUGGCCGACACUAUUAUUGUGUGUGAUACAACUGUGCCAAAUGGCUACUUUGCCAUGUUUUUCACAAAUGAACAGUGUUUGCUUUGCGGCUGGUAUUUUUCGGUAUUAAUACCGAAGAAAGACAAAGGGAUUGUUUUAGUCUUACAAAUUCUUUCUUUUUUUAAAAAAAAAAAAAUACCAUCCAUUGUAUAAUGCUGUUAAGUACUGUGAAGAUGAAGAAGAUAGUAGUGGAUUUUCCAUGGGGCUGCAAGCAGCUUCAGUGGUCUUCAGAAAUUUGAGUCAGAAAAAAUGUUGAA